AUGUCACUUGAGGUAGCUCUGGAUCCAGCACCUGAGCAUGUAGCAUAUGCAUUACUGGGCUGCUUCAUUAUCUUUUUCGGGCUAGUCAGCCUAUUUGUCAAGGAGAAGUUGUUUAUAUCCGAGGCAUUUGUAUCCACAGUAUUCGGAAUCAUCAUUGGACCCUAUGCUCUUGGGAUCUUUGAUCCAUUGUCUUGGAAGGAAUAUGAUACCGUAACGCUCGAGUUCACAAAGAUCGUGAUCGCUGUCCAGGUCAUGGCUGCUGGCGUUUCUUUACCAAGAUCCUAUAUGCUGAAGGAAAAGCGAUCCCUUGUCAUGAUGAUAGUUCCAUUGAUGAUCCUCAUGUGGCUUACUUCUGCAACCUUGAUGUGGCUCCUGAUCCCAGAUUUGAGCUUUAUCGAGUCCAUGAUAGUGGCAGCUUGUGUGACACCGACCGAUCCAGUUUUAUCAAAUUCAGUGGUGAAGGGACGUUUUGCAGAGAAAUAUGUACCACCCAGGAUCCGACAUUUAUUAUCAGCAGAAUCGGGAAUGAAUGAUGGAAUGGCCUUACCGUUUUUAUACCUCGGGUUGUUUUUACUUCGGGAACAAAAUGUGGGAAUGGCGCUAGGGAAAUGGGUCUAUAUGAUUUGGCUCUACCAAAUCUUGUUGAGUGUCACCUUGGGGGGAUUGAUUGGGGCUGGGGCCCGAAAGUUGGUCAAAGGAGCCAAGAACAGGAACUUGAUCGAUAAGGAGUCCUUCUUGGUCUUUUCCAUUGCUUUGGCUUUGGCUGUCGCAGGGUGUGUGAGUAUCCUAGCAUCGGAUGAUCUGUUGGCAGUCUUUGUUGCAGGAAAUGUCUUUGCAUGGGAUGAUUGGUUCUCGAACGAAAUUGCAGAAGCUCAUAUCCAGGAGAUCAUUGAUAUGUUACUCAACUUGGCGUGUUUUAUCUACAUUGGCGCAUCUGUCCCGUUUUCACAGUUUCAUGAUCUGAUGUUGGAACUCUCUGUCUGGCGGUUGAUUGUUCUGGCGAUGCUGAUCCUAUCGCUUCGACGAAUGCCCUUUGUGGUGGCCAUGAAACGGUUCGUCCCUGCUUUGACCACCUAUCGGGAAGCGGCCUUUGCAGGAUGGUUUGGACCCAUUGGCGUAGGAGCCAUGUAUCUCUCCAAGGUCACAGCCCAGGUGACGAACCCUGAAAAGCUGGGCGAGAAUGCUUUUAACCUCGACCGUCUGUUACGCGUUCGUUCUGUGAUCUUCCCUAUCGUCAUGUUUUUAAUCUUCUCAAGUGUGUUGAUCCAUGGAGUGACAGUCCCGUUG